AUGCAUCGUGUUGUAUGCGCUGUUAAUGAAUCUCUCUAUUAUCAAAUGCUUUGUAAAGGUUUAGUUAUGUCUUUACUGAAACAUCGAUCUAUGCCAUGUAAAAUAACAGUUCUUCUUGAUGGCAAACAUUCUCAACCAUUGAAUGAUCUUCGUAAACAUAUCGAGAUUGUAUAUGUCAAGCCUCUAGAUAUUAUUUGUGGAUCUGUUUCAUCGAGAACAACAUUUGCUCGACUUGAAAUUCCAUAUAUUUUUCCAUAUGAAAGAAGAAUUUUAUAUUUGGAUGUUGAUACUUAUAUUAUAAAUGAUAUUCAUGAACUUUUCACUAUUCCAUUUGAAACAAUUGCGGCAGUUGUUCCCGGAACACAUUUAAUGAUUAAAGAAUUGAUAACACGAGAAUUUCGAACAAAUCUCAAAAAAAUGGAUUAUGAAUUAGAUGGUAUCAAUUAUUCGGUUGGUUUAGAAGAUCACAAAUAUUUCAAUGCUGGUAUCAUGCUAAUGGAUUCAUAUAAAUGGCGUGAGCUUCGUAUUAAACAACAUGCUGAAGCUUUAGUACGUGCGCAUCCAUCAGCUAUGUAUACAAGUGAUGAAAUGGCACUUAAUCUAAUUUUUCGUGGUCAUCUAACUGAGCUUCGACAAUGUUACAAUACUUUUUCCUUUGCAGAAAAAGAUCUCACUGAAUCACCUCGUAUUUGGCAUUUCAACACAUAUAAACCCAUUAUUCAUGCACCAUUAGCUCAAUUUUAUAACUGGUUAUCGAUCUUUAAAACAAAAGAUCAAAUUAUUCUGAAGAAUCUUGAAGAGAUUUCUAAAAGAUUUGGAAAAGCAGCUAUGCUGGCACUAAAAAGUCAAGAUUAUAGCGAAACUUGA